AUGACGACCAACCAGAACGCCGCCAUCUUCAGCAGCGACCUGCAGACCUUCAUCGUCACCAAGUACGACCCCCUGCUUACCAUCGUCAAGGAGCUAAACGAUAAGUUGCAAAACUCGGAGAAAGACAAGUACCGCCUCGAGAAGCGGCUGAUGAAGCUGGAGAGGCAAGUGGUCGUCCUGCUGGACAAGCUGGAAGUGACGGACGUGACGGACGUGACCAUCGACCGGGAGGGAAGAGAGAACAAAGCCGAGAGGAAAAUAAACCAGCAAAUUGAAAGCGAGGAAAACUUGCUAACCCCAUGGCUGUUCUCCUGCCAGAUGGGGACCCCUCUCUCCUCCCUACAAGUGCUCCUCGAAUUCAGCAACAAAAAUACAGUAGAGUUGAAUGUGAGGCUGUGGAAGAGAGAAGAAGAUAUGUGGGUCAAUUUUUUGCAACUUAUUUCCUCGAACGAUCAAAAUUAUUUGCCGCAGUCACUAACCCUAAUGGACUUAAGGAAGGCCACGAGGAAAUGUCUCUUAACCAUCUGCACCAAUGAGGUGCUAAUAGUUUUAAGAAAUGUUCCGGGGAAGUCUCAGGCCAUUUACAACACAGCUACGAUGACCCUCGUCGCUAUCUUGGCGUCCGCCAUUUAUGAGGCUUGGAAGAGGAUUGAGCUCACCGACCCGGUGUCCCUCGGCCGGGUGGUCCUCGUGCUGGACGGAGAAGAUGUCGGGUCGAGACUACGAGCUGGAAACAAGAAACUCAAAAUAGAGCCCCUGAAUUAG